AUGCAAGCUUCAAGAAGAAGACGGCGAACAUAAUCGAACGCCUGAUUGAGUAACCAAGAUUGUCGAAGUAUUUUUAAAGAUUUUAUGCCGUGGAUGGUGUUUUUUUGACAGUACUCGAUCGAUAAGAUGUUUGACAGGUUCUCUUUAGCGUUCCUGUUGCUAAUUGUGGCGAUCUUGGCCUCGAGCGAAGCGAAAAAGAACAAGAAAAAAGUUUCAGAGUUCCAAUUUGUGAAUCCGCAAUAUGCCAAGGCAAUCAGUGAAAACCACAGGGUAAAUGCAACCGUGAUGCAUGUGCGUGCAAUCGGUGGCAAAGGAUCURUAUCAUACACMAUAAUGGAUCCUGACACACCGUUURAAGUGGAYSAAAAAGGUCACAUAUGGCUUAURAAGAAACUCAACGGCAACCAGAAGAAAAUUUAUCAGCUCACAGUCAAAGCUACUAACAAAGCAAACCCCAACAAACCAGUGUACGCAAAGGUGCGCUUUGAUAUCCUYGURAAAAAUCAUGCACCYAAACUUGACAUCAGUGAAAAUGAAGUGUACAUCUGCGCUGUKGCUGAAAACUCUCGACAAGUACAAGUCCUUCCGCCCAUCCGCAUAAUCGAUCCAGACCAAGGUAGUCUAGGCCAGCUAAAGAGCAUCAAAGUCAAGCAGACUGGAAUCCCAUUCAGGUUUGAUGUGAACAAAGAUGGUGGAGUAGAAGUGACUGCAACACAAGAUCUUGAUGCAGAGAAAACMAACAUWUAUGCCUUYGACAUUGUUGCUUUUGAUGGAGGAGACAAGAAAUCCCCUCCUGUUGGUGUAACGUGUAAGGUGGUCGAUGUCAAUGAGUUUUCUCCCAAGUUUGAGAGCGAUGUGUACAUUGGGGAGGUGGAAAGAGAGAGACUCUAUCCAAAUAUYCUCAAGGUUGCAGCAACUGAUAAAGACAUUGGUGAUGAAAACGGUAAAGUCUGCAAGUAUGAAAUUAUUACCAAGGAUGUGCCAUUUAAAAUCAAUGAUAGAGGUGUUCUUAGCUUGGACAAGCCUCUUGAUGACAAAGCACCUGAUUAUUGUACCUUCCAAGUUGCUGCAAUAGACUGUGGUGGAAGAUCAUCAGUUAUUCCAACCAAUAUCACAGUGUACAUCUAUCACCGUUGCAAGAUAGAACUAAGGAAACCAGAUUUUGAGGAGAUUACCAUCCCUCAGUGUAUCGGUAAAGCUCUUGUUGGACCAGAUAUCAGCAUUGUCCCAAGCAAGGGAUGUGACAGGAAGUCCGACUUGUCCUUCUCUGCCAUGAUUCAAUUAGAGACCAAGGCAGGAAUGAGUUGUGACAGGCAGCGAUAUGAUGCCUCUAGCAUGUAUAAGCUUUGUGGGACCAGCAAUUUCGUUGAUAUCCUGCCAACGCCUUCUACAAAGAAGAAGUGGACUAAGGAUCUAGCAAGGGUUGGAGAUGCGUUCCUCUUUGACGGAAAAACUACCGUUGCAAAAAUCCCCAGUAAAGUCAUUGGCGGUGAAUUCAGUGAACACUUUACCGUAAGCACAUGGAUCCAGACAGGWCUGCAAAAAGGAAAGCAGGUCAUCAUGGCCAACACAGAUAAGCAAUCACACAACCGAAUGCACUUUGCCCUGGUCAAAAACAGGAACCGUCUCACUGUGAUCCACCGUCUUGCACCAUUACGUGGAAGAGAGAAUGACUACUGUAACUCGGAUUACCAUUACAAACCCAACAUUUUUGAUCAAAGGUGGCAUCACUUGACUGUUGUUGUCGAUGGAUGYAGCGUAAAGUUGUAUGUCGAUGGCGAACAYCAAAGUGCAAAAGURGUYGACUCGAAUUUCCGYAUGCACAAGUCUAAGAUMCGACCAGGGCUGUAUGUUGGGGCACAUUGGCUUGGACGAGAGCAGGCAUAUACGCAGUAUUUCAGGGGGAAGUUAUCUGGAAUGGCGAUUAACUUGAAAAAGCCAGUUUCGCAGCAAACAAUUCGUUGCAUGAUGGGAUGUCGUGAACACAUCAACAUCGAUGCCCCACUUCCAGUAGGAUUCCGCUCAGAACUGGUCGGGUUUAACAAGAUGAAGGUCUUUGGUGUAGGAAGCCCGAAUGAGUUUGAGAAAGUCCUCCAGAGCAUUGAGUAUCAGAACGAGUUAUUCACACCAACAGAGGGCAAGAGAAAGAUUCGCAUCACCAUAACUGAAAAGACCACAAAUAUGAAGGAAAAGUUUACGGUUGAUGUUAAUAUGGACCGCAACAAUAAACCAAUUAUUGUUGUUAAAGGUUGUAAGGACGAAAGGGUUAACAAGAGACGCCUKAAAGACAUGGGAGUUCCUCUGUGCAGCAAUCUCGAGAUCGAUUAUCGAGGCUGUGAACCUAGAAUGAACUCCCCAGUCAACACUGUGAAGCUCCUUGAUAGAGCCGUUAUCAAAGUCAGCCCUAAACUCAAAAAAGGGGAGUCUCUACAUCUCCCUAAGCAAAAAUACAGCAAUAUAUCGAUUGUCGAGGAUGUCGAACUCGAGUCMUACAGCGACAAGAGUGGUUUGGUUAUAUCUGGUGUCGCAAACUACAAGACGUACGAGAGACUGCUGAGAGAAAUCGUUUAUCAGAAUUUGAACCCCGACGACGACUUAGAUCACAAGUUCUACAUCUACGUAUCCGAYCAAAAUGGCCGCUUUAUGAGCGACAAAGAACGACUCAACUUAUCCAUUCUGAAACCAAAAGUCAAGAAAUUCAAAAAACAUUUCGAGGCCGUGAGACUACGUCCUUUCAACCUUGAAGCCGUUAAAGAGAGUCUAAGUGCAGAGGAAUUGCCUGGAGCUGUUACAGUGGAGAAAGUUGCUGUAAAGAACACAGUUUCAAGUGGUUUGCUUGCUGCUAUAAUAGUCUGYAGUGUAUCAGUUUUCAUUUUCCUGGUUGUGCUUGGAGUGUAUAGGUUGAGAAGGAAUUCCAACGUGCUUGAAGUUGAAGCUACAGCAGGAGAGAAAGAAGAAAUGUACUGGGACGACACCGGCCUUGGCGGUGUUCGCAUUACRGUGAAUCCACUGCAGAAAUUCCAAGAACUUGAUCUCAACGAAGACAAAGAUUCCGAAAACAACAGCGAUGAUGAAGACAAUCAAGAGGCCAAACAGAGCCUGGAGUGGGACGAAGGUGCUUUGUAAGAUAGCACCUGAUUGGAUAAGUUAAGCACGUGGUCUCGUCUUGACUUGAUUGGUUAACAGUGUUUGUUUACAUUGCUUUGCCAAACGUUUUGUUUUUGGCACGGAAUAGUGCUUUUUUGUAUAAAAUUUACAUUUUUUAUAAAGUUUUCAUUUUAAGAAGUAAGUUUGGGUAAAUUUUAAAUUUUCCAAGUUUAUUAUAAUUUUUUUAUAGUCAAGACUUAAGACAGGCCUGAAGAAAGUCCUUAUUUAAAAUACCGAGYAGCAUCGAUACACAUUCAUCAUACAUACUGUAGUUAAUAUCAAAGCCCACGCGGCCGCGCAACUUUCGACCUCCGCAGACCGACCAGUGGCCGACAAGCGAGAUGGAGUGUUCUUCUAUAUACUACACCAGUGUGCAUCUUAUCACAUCGUACCCUUCAUAAACCGACCGCWCGGUAAAUAAAGGUCUUAGUCUACAUAAACAAWAAGUGUACAAGCUACAUGGUCGGUUUGGGGUGGUCGUAUAAUCGUGUGUUGAGUGUUGGUAAAUAGUUAUAAGUUUAAAGUGAAAAUCGCUUUUUGUUUAAUAAUUUGUUUGUAUUAUGUUUUUAUUUAUGAUUUAAUCAAACAUUAAUCAUAUAUAACUUGAARCGCGCUUAGAAUUCAAGUAUCUUUGUCUUUUAAUAGACGUUUUAGGCACCGUUUAUUGCUAGUACCAAUAUGCUUUCGUGCCCUCGUAGAUGUUGUAGACCUCAACAUCAACGUAUAUUUAUUAGCAAUUCUAGUUUUAUGAGCAUGCACAUUCAUUUUAUCUGUCUACAUAGUCCACUUUGAAGAACAUUCACAAAAGAUAUAAAGAAAGUCUCUCCCUCAAUCCCAGGUCUUCUCUCUCUUUUUUGGAAGAAAAAGGGACCUGGKKUCGAGGUGAUAUCAAUUUUUAUGGGACAAUUGUACUCGUAUCAGUUCCAUUUUMUAAACCAAGACAAAAUUAGUUUCAUUGUCUGCUUUCUCAAAAUGAUAUAAUCUUCAUUAGUGAUUUUUAAUUGAUUUGAGAACUGAAAUUCUCAAACUUCUUUUAAAUGAAAAGUGGAUGGUAAAAAAUGUAGAAGAAGAUACUAAACUCUAAAACAAAUCUUUGUGUUAUUUCAUUUAUUAUAAAGGAACUUAUUGUAGCAUCUUGUUACUAAACACCAAGUUUUGUUAGUAUUUUCAUAUCGAUAUAACCAUUCCAAUUGGGUUAUUGGUACCUUAUUAGUCUUCAUAGGUCUCUUCCCUGUGUGUGAAAUCAUCUUGGCUCAUUCAGCGUACAUGUUAACCCCAGAAAAGACGAUGGAAAUUUGGCAAUCUCUUCCUAGCUUCCAGCGGCUUAGAAGUCGUUAAGAACGAGUAUAUAAUAGCACUGUCGUUAUUGUGCUGUGUAAGCGCUUGCAUUAAUAAUAUAACAUCUUUGUAUACGUUAAAUUUAUAUAGUUUUUAUCGGACCUCGCGAGCAAUGGACGAAUAAACAUUGCUCGUGCAGUCGCGUGGUAGUWAACUUUAGCCUUGGGAUGUUGUAACCGCUGAUGCAUGUUUUCUGAUUAAAGGCUAAUGUAAUUGUA